CGGCCUACGUCGUCCUCGCGCAGGCGGUCCUCGGCGAGGGCGCCGACUCCGGCGCGUGGCCGCCGGACGACGACGCCGCGGACGACGACACCGCGCCGGCGGCGCCCGACGCGGCCCAGGUCGCGAAGUGGGCCGACUGCCUCGCGCACUACGCGUCGUCGUCCGACGGCGACGAGCCCGGCGGCGCCGCGGACCCGGACAGGUUCUACUUCGGCGACGAGGCGUGCCUGGCGCCGCUCGACGAGCCCCCGCCCUUCGAGGCCGAGGAGCCCGCGGACGCGACGCCGCCGCCGUCGCCGCGGGGCGGCGGGCUCACGAUCCCGAUCACCGCGGCCCUCGGCGGCGCCUCGCCGCCCCGCGAACCGAGGCCGCGGCGCGACGACGAAUCGAGGCCGCGGCGCGACGACGACCCGGCCUUCCGCGUCUCCGUGUAAAUGCCACUUAGUUC